AUGUUCCAGUGGGCUCUCUUCGCCCACUUCCUCGCCACUGACGCCAUGCCGUGCCCGCUGCUCUCCUACAUUCGCCUCACUGAAGAAGACACCUUAUCAUCCUCCCGUAUCUUCUUCAAGAUCAUGUUCCAGGUGGGCUUCAGAACAAGCAGGCGUGCACUGCACUCAGGUGCACUUCAGAACAAGCAGGCGUGCACUGCAGUCAGGUGGGCUUCAGAACAAGCAGGCGUGCACUGCAGUCAGGUGGGCUUCAGAACAAGCAGGCGUGCACUGCACUCAGGUGGGCUUCAGAACAAGCAGGCGUGCACUGCACUCAGGUGCGCUUCAGAACAAGCAGGCGUGCACUGCACUCAGGUGGGCUUCAGAACAAGCAGACGUGCACUGCACUCAGGUGCACUUCAGAACAAGCAGGCGUGCACUGCAGUCAGGUGGGCUUCAGAACAAGCAGGCGUGCACUGCACUCAGGUGGGCUUCAGAACAAGCAGGCGUGCACUGCACUCAGGUGGGCUUCAGAACAAGCAGGCGUGCACUGCACUCAGGUGCGCUUCAGAACAAGCAGGCGUGCACUGCGGCUUCAGAACAAGCAAGCGUGCACUGCACUCAGGUGGGCUUCAGAACAAGCAGGCGUGCACUGCACUCAGGUGCACUUCAGAACAAGCAGGCGUGCACUGCAGUCAGGUGGGCUUCAGAACAAGCAGGCGUGCACUGCACUCAGGUGGGCUUCAGAACAAGCAGGCGUGCACUGCACUCAGGCUCUUUGCUCACUUCCUCGCCACUGAUGCCAUGCCCUGGGCGCUCUUCUCUUAUAUACGCCUCACAGAGGAAGACACCUCUUCCUCGUCCCGCAUUUUCAUCAAGAUCAUGUUCCAGGAGAUGUGGGAGCAGCUGGGGCUUCACAGGAUGAAGGAGAGGCUCAGUGACCUUUCAUCUACGUCUCUUUUUCCCCAUGUCCCCCGAACGCCCCACCCCCAUUCUCUCUCUGUCCCAUUACCACCCCCCCUCCCCCCUCAACCCGAGCAGGAGAUGUCGGACCAGCUUGGGUUGCGCAAGAUGAAUGAGACGCUCAGCAACGUGUGCUUUGAGAUGUCGGAGCAGCUUGGGCUGCGCAAGAUGAACGAGAGGCUCAGCGACCCGACCAUGGGGGCGGCGUUUGACGGCAUUUUCCCCAAAGACACGCCCAAGAACACGCGCUUCGCUAUUAACUUCUUCACUUCUAUCGGUCUGGGAGGGCUGACAGACAACCUGAGGGAACACCUGAAGAACAUGCCGAAGCUGAUCAUGCAGCAACAGAAGCCUGUUCAGCAACUGGCAUCGGGUGGCGACGCGGCGAAUUCUGAAUGCGCGUGGAGAUGUGUGCAGGUUAAAAGGCAUUUUGUGCUUAUAAAAUAUAGACAAGUGCAAGGCCUGCUGGACCAGAACCCGCUGCUGAUACACGAGAUCAAGGCGAACCACGAGGCGAGGCAGCUGAGUUGGCUUCUGUGCAGACCGACCUACGAUGUCGUGCAAGGCCUGCUGGACCAGAACCGGCUGCUGAUUCACGAGAUCAAGGCGAACCACGAGGCGCGGCUACCGGAUGGGCUCAUGCGCAACGUGACCCUUAUCAGAGAGCUCAACUCCAACGUCACCAAGGUGGUGGAUAUUCGUCCUCCCCCCAUGUAUGCUGACAUCUCUCACUCAUUCCCGCGCACCUUUGGCGUAUCCACUGCUGCUCCUCAUGAGUGCUUUCUCACAUAUCACUUCCCUGCUCGCUCCACCUGCUGCUCUGCCUUCUCCCUCCGUGCCCCGUCUGCAGGUGGUAGAUCUCUACGCUCACAUCUCCCGCACAUUCAUGCGCACCUCUGGCAGCUCUUCUGUGCGCUCACUUACCCAUCCGUGGUCGAUCUCUAUGCUGACAUCCCCCGCACAUUCGUGCGCACCUUAGGCAGCUCAGCGGCAUCGCGUUAUGUGCGCUCACUUACAGAUCCGUUCCCCCUUCCCCGUGUUGUCCCUCCCACCCACCCACUCUGCCUUCUCUGUCCCGUGUGUGUGCACCCCCCACAGGUGGUCGAUCUUUACGCUCACAUCUCCAGCACCUUCGUGCGCACCUUUGGCAGCAUAACUGCUCCUCAUGUGCUCUCACUUACAGCUUCAUUCCCCCUUUCCCCCCUCUGUCCUACCGCUCUGAUUCUUCGCCCCCCACCUUCCCCCCCUCCCUCCUCCCCUCCUCCCCCCCUCUCCCCCGUGCCUCUUCUGCAGGUCGUAGACCUGUACGCUGACAUCUCCCGCACCUUCGUGCGCACCUUUGGCAGCUCUGCAGCUACCCGCGCCUCUCCUGGCGCUGCUGGGGGGGAUGCUGCUGCUGCCGGGGCUGUGGGGGGCGACAUCCGUCCCUCUGCUGCCGCUGUUGAUGCUGGAGGGGCUGCAGGCGGCAGCAGUGACGUGAGACGGCUAGCAGGACCUGUAGACGUGCUCGCGACUAGGACCUUUAUGAGCUCUGCCGCAACCUGCCAAUCUGCCGUCGCUCUUGCUGGGGGAGUGCAGUACGUACUGCUCACUCUUUCCCUUCCAUCCCCUCCCUCGUUCGAACUCGCCGCCAAACCCGAUCCCCCAUCCUCCCCUUCCUCCCUCUCUCGUCCACACUCGCCCCGCUCUCACAAUGCUAACGCAGCGAACCCCAAGGGUGGGGAUGGGGGGAGUGGGGGAGGCCGCUGGCAGGGGGAUGGGGAGGGGCUGCUACGGCAGCAUGAUGUAUCCGAGAAGUUCGGGCCCAAGGGGGCCAAUGCAGCGAACCCCAGUGCAGGGGGGAGGCCGCCAGCAGGGGGGAAGGGGAAGGGCGGGGGGGCAGCAGCGGAGGGGGGCGAUGAAUUUGACUACCACAUGGGGCUGUCGACCCGACCCCCCUGGUACUGCAGGGCAUAUCGCAUGGCAUGCAUGCGGCUAGUGCUCUCUUUAGGGGAGGGGGAAGGGGAGAAGUGGGGAAGCAGGAGAGAUGGGGCUGUUGACACGUCCCCUGGUAUUGCAGCCUUUGCAAGUCUGUGCAUAGUGAGCGCCACGAGCAAGGGGCACUGGAGAAUCACACUGAGAGAAACCUACGCUAGUCUUUGCAAGGUGAACGCUACUAGCAAGGAGACAUUAGAGAGCCACUCAGAGGGGAAGAAGCACCGCGGGAAAGUGAGGGGUGCGACCAGGGCUGCUGUGGAGGCGACUAAGGGACAGGAUGAUGCCUCUAGGGCCGCUGAAGAUGCUGGAAACGGUGCAGUAGCUGACAGUGCAGUGCAGAGUGGUGCGGAUGGUGCUGCCAGUGGGAAGGCGAAUGGGGCUCCUGCUGUUGCAGCGAAUGGGGCAGUGACAGGUGGACAAGAGAAUGGGGCAGCGACAAGUGGACAAGAGAAUGGGCAGGAGGAGGCGAAAAGUGGUGGGGAGGAGGAGGGAGAGGGAGGAGCAGAGUGUGGAGCGACAUGUGCUCAAGGCAGUGAGUGCAGUGUGGAGCGACAUGUGCUCAAGGUAGUGAGUGCAGUGUGGAGCGAUAUGCUGCUACCCGUUGCAAACGGUUGGAAAGGUGGAGAGGUGCAGAGGUGCAGAGGUGCAGAGGUGGAGUGGAGAGGCGGAGAGGUGCAGAGGUGGAGAGGUGGAGUGGAGAGGUGGAGAGGUGCAGAGGUGGAGAGGUGGAGUGGAGAGGUGCAUAAAUGCAGAGGUGGAGAGGUGGAGAGGAGGAGAGGUGGAGAGGUGGAGAGGAGGAGAGGUGGAGAGGUGGAGAGGAGGAGAGGUGGAGAGGUGGCGAGGUGGGGAGGUGGAGAGGUGGCGAGCCAUGAGCUGCCACUCAAGGCACUGAGAAAGCAGGUGCUCGCAGCAGCCAAGCGAGUGCUGGCAGAGCAGAGCUCAAAGGAAAGCGCCAAGGACAGCUGCAAGCAGGGAGCAGGCAAGGGAACGGAGAGCAGCAGCAAGGGAAGGGAGAGCAGCAGCAAGGGAAGGGAGAGCUGCAGCAAGGAGGAGCUGCUGGCUGCCUUCCAACGCUCUGUGAGCUCCCUGCUCUCACGCUCCCUCUACCUCCCUCUUGAUCUCUCUAUACUCACUCUCCCACCCUCUCUUCACACUCUCUCCCACGCUCUUGACCUCUCUACAUGCAUUUUCCAACCCUCUUGGCCUCUGCACUCACUCUCCCACCCUCUUGACCUCUCCAUUCAGUCUCCCCCUCUUGACCUCUCCACACUCACUCUCCUCCCCUUUUUUACCUCUCCACACCCAUUCUCCCUCUCUCGCUUGACCUCUCCACUCAUCCUCCCCCUUCCCCCUCUUGACCUCUUCACGCGCAUGCUUCCAUGCUUCCUCUCUCUUGACCUCUCCACGCUAAUUCUCCCACUUGACCUCUCCACACUCAAUCUUAUCUCUCUUGACCUCUCCACACUCAAUCUCAUCUCUCUUGACCUCUCCACACUCAAUCUCAUCUCUCUUGACCUCUCUGCACUGAUUCUCUAUCUUGCAGCUGGAGAAGUGCAAGGCAGCCCCGUCGCCCCCCCUAGCGGCCACGUCACCGCCCCUAUCGGCCCCGUACCCGCCCCUCGCGGCCACGUUGCUGCCCUUCGCAGCCCCGUCGCCGCCCCUAGUGGCCUCGUCGCCGCUCUUCGCGGCCCCGUCGCCGCCUCUAGCGGCCCCGUCGCCGCCCUUCGCGGCCCCGUCGCCGCCUCUCGCGGCCCCGUCGCCGCCUCUACCGGCCCUGUCGCCGCCUCUACUGGCCCCGUCGCCGCCUCUACCGUCCCCUUCAUCGCUGAGCCGCCCACAGCUGAGCAGCCGAGCCACCAAGCCGUCGAGCCGCCAAGCUGCCCAGCAGCUGGGAAGCCAAGCAGCCGAGCCGCCCAGCAGCCAAGCCGCCCAGCAGCCGAACCGCCCAGCAGCCGAGCCGCCCAGCAGCCGAGCCGCUGA